AUGCUUGGUAUCAUUUCAUACCUGGUCUUCUGGACGAGAAAGAUUCCUGAUACAAUUGAAGUGUGGGAGCAGGAUUACCCACACAGGCUGCCUUACAGGGAGAUCUUCAAGGCAACCAACGGAUUCUCUGAGAAGGAAGUAUUGGGCAGAGGAGGUUUUGGUAGUGUUUACAAUGGAGUACUACCCAGCAGCAGAAUGCAAGUUGCUGCCAAGAGAGUAUCACACAAUGGCAAACAGGGACUGCAGGAGUUUGUUUCAGAGGUGUCCAGCAUGGGGAGUCUUGAUACUUUCCUGUUUGGCAAAAAGGAAAGGAACCUCAGCUGGGAAGAAAGGUUCAAGAUACUUAAAGGAAUUGCUUCAGGCCUUCUGCAUCUGCAUGAAGGAUGGGAGCAGGUUGUUGUUCACAGAGAUGUGAAAGCAAGCAAUGUCCUGCUAGAUGCUCAAUUGAAUAGAAAGUUAGGAGAUUUUGGGCUAGCUAGGCUGUAUGAGCAUGGGACUGAUCCAGAAACGACCCACAUAGUGGGCGCAUUGGGCUACAUGGCGCCGGAGCUGUUGAUCACUGGAAAGGCGACGACAAGCUCAGAUGUGUUCAGCUUUGGGGCUUUCCUUCUUGAGGUGGCCUGUGGAAGGAGGCCAGUUGCCAAGUGA